UUGAAUUUUCAAUUUAAAGUUCAAUUUAGAUGCACAAAAGACAUUCAAUCAACGAUUAAUUAGGGUUUGUAUUCAAUAUUCAUAACAAACAUUUACCCAUCUUUAGUGACAGACACCAUGGGGCGUAUGCAUAGUAAAGGCAAGGGUAUUUCUUCCUCUGCUUUACCCUACAAAAGAACUUCUCCUAGCUGGCUUAAGAUCUCCUCACCAGAGGUUGAUGAGACUAUUUGCAAGUUUGCUAAGAAGGGUUUGACUCCUUCUCAGAUCGGUGUUAUUCUUCGUGAUUCUCACGGCAUUGCUCAGGUCAAGAGCGUUACCGGCAGCAAAAUCCUUCGUAUCCUCAAAGCUCACGGACUUGCACCUGAGAUUCCUGAGGAUCUGUACCAUUUGAUAAAGAAGGCGGUUUCAAUCCGCAAGCAUUUGGAGAGGAACAGAAAGGACAAGGACUCCAAGUUCAGACUCAUCCUUGUUGAGAGCAGAAUCCACCGUCUUGCUCGUUAUUACAAGAAAACCAAGAAGCUUCCUCCUGUGUGGAAAUACGAAUCAACAACUGCCAGCACUUUGGUUGCUUAGAGAUUGUAUGGGCUCAUUCUUCAUGCUUUCCGUUUCCGGUAACAGAGGGUUGCUGCACUGGCAAUCUGCGAGGUCAUUUUGAGGUUUAUCUAGAGACUUGAUGGGCCAUGCAAUUUCUUAUUUUGUUAAGAACCUUUGAUAAAGUAGAAAGAUAUUAAUUAUUUUACGUUGACUGCAUUGUAUUCUUUUUAAGUAAACUGUUCGAAAGUUGUUUCAAACGGUUAUUGUAUUUCUGCA